AAAGAAAACCUAACUUCUUUUUUUUGUCAGUACCUAACUUCUUAAUUGGAAACUUAGAAUAUAAAACAUAAUUAAAAACUAAAAAAAAAAGAAGUAAAAAGUUAUUUAUUGGUUCGACCGAUGGUUCAACCGGUACCGGGUUCCGGGUUUUACCGGAUUUUUGCAGAUUUUUGCGAGUUUUUAAAUAUUGGGUUUUUCACAAAACUCAAACCGGAUUUUUUCUGGAUCACCCGGUUUACCGAUUCAACCGCGGGUCCGGGUCGGAUUUCAAAACACUGCAUCUAACUAUGAAAGUCCUUUUUCAAAAAAAAAAAAAAAAAAGAGAGGUUCCUCUGUUUCAUCUCCCUCGUCUUCUCUUUUGAGCAAAAAUGGAAGCUAUGACCAGCCUUGACUUUGAAAAUAGUUUUAUCUUAAUCCUCCUAUGCAUCUUCUCAACCUUUUUUCUAUUUGCCUUCUUCCUCAAGAAACCGAAGAAUGUCUUUGACCUACCUCCGAGCCCUCCUUCUCUUCCUAUCAUCGGUCACCUUCACCUUCUCUUCUCUACUUCACUCCACAAGUCUUUUCAAAGAGUCUCAUCCAAGUACGGACCUCUGCUCCAUCUCCGCAUCUUCAAUGUCCGCAUCCUUCUCGUCUCCUCUGCCUCGGUUGCCUACGAGAUCUUCAAAGACCACGACAUGAGCAUCUCCUCCCAUGGCCCAAUUGGCAUCGAUGAGUGCAUUGUGUUUGGUUCUUCUGGCUUCAUCAAAGCUCCCUAUGGAGAUUACUGGAAGUUCGUAAAGAAAAUUAUCACUACUAAAAUGCUUGGACCCCAGGCGCUGGAGCGGUCACGAGGCCUUCGUGAAGUUGAGGUAGAGAGGUUCUACAGAGAUCUGCUUGAUAAGGCAGUGAAGAAAGAGAGCGUUGAGAUAGGUGAGGAAGCGUUGAGACUUGUUAACGUUAUCCUCGGAAAGAUGAGUUUGGGAAUGAGUUUCUCAGAGGAGGAGAGAGUCUCUGAGUUUAGUGUCGAGAUCGCUGCCUUGACACAGAAGAUAUUUUUGCAACAAGUACUGCGUAAGCCGCUUGAGAAGCUCAGGAUCUCACCACCAUUUAAAAAGGAGGUGAUGAAUGUUUCAUACAGGUUCGGGGAGCUACUGGAAAAGAUCAUUGUGAGAUACGAAGAGAAAAAGGACGAGCAUGAAGGUAGUGAAAUUAUGGACGCAUUGUUGGCAGCUUGUGGAGACGAGGAUGCAGAGUAUAAGAUCAACAGGAGCCAUAUCAAGGCGUUAUUAGCGGAGCUUUUCUUUGGAGCUGGUGACACCUCUUCAAAAUCAACACAAUGGGCAAUGGCUGAAAUCCUCAACAACCAUAAAAUAUUUGAGAGACUGAGAGAAGAAAUAGACUCCGUUGUAGGGAAAACAAGGUUGAUCCAAGAAACUGAUCUACCAAAACUCCCUUAUUUGCAAGCGGUCAUCAAGGAAUCUCUGAGAUUACACCCACCGGGUGUUCUCUUGCCAAGAGAGUUUGAACAAGGGUGUAAAAUCGGAGGGUUCUACAUACCUAAGGGCACGUCACUUGUUAUUAAUGCUUAUGCUGUGAUGAGAGACAUUGAUUCUUGGACGGAUCCUGAUGAGUUUAAGCAAGAGAGGUUUCUAGGGGAAGAGGAUGCGAGAAGAGAGCAUGUACUGAACUUUCUUCCUUUUGGUGCUGGAAGGAGAGCAUGUCCUGGAUCAAAUGUGGCCUAUAUUUUAGGAGGGAUCACUAUUGGAGUUAUGGUGCAAUGCUUUGACUGGAAAGUUGAAGGAGUUAAGGUUAACAUGGAAGAGGCUACUGGAAGAGCUUUCUUGGCUUUGGCUCAUCCCCUUAACUGCACUCCUCUUCCUCGAAUCUUGAAUAUUUUACCUUCAAAUUUGUAGAUUCUUGGUUUAUGAAUUCGAGUUUUUCCCUCUCUUUCUUUUUUUUAAAUGAAUAAUGGUUCGGAAGAUAUUUAUUACUUAAAAUAUUUGUUAUCAGCAACGUA